GAUUAUUACAGAUCGCACACUUUUCACGUUGCAAUUGUGAAUAUUUUAGAAUUGCAAUUGUUAUCAGAAGUAUUAAAAGUCAACCUUGUUUUCGUGUACUGCUUAAAAGUGUUUGAAAAAUAUUAUUAGUUAUUUUUCUCUUUGCUGAAAUCACGUGUAUCGAUCAGAUACGAAUCUAGAUUCUUGGUUUUUAUAUUGUGUAUUUUGAAAAUGGCAGUGUCUCAAAGGAAUUUCAUAAAGUUAUUAAAAUUGACUAAUCUCAGACAGUCAAGUACAGCAGCUCAGGCAAUGCCAGUACAUGAAGACAUUCAUCAAUCUUUUCGAACAAGAGAAGACAAUCCAGAGUAUCAUGGAAUGCAACAUAUUAAUAGGAUCUACACAAUACCAAACAACGAUUUGAAAAUGAUUACAUGUCAAGGGUUAAUUACCAUGUAUAUGAAACAAUUCAAAACUUUUGCAGAAGCUUCUAUUCUUGUACGAAAACCUGCAGUUGAAAUUAUAAGUUAUCUCAAUCAAGCAGAUUAUUCAAAACCAGUCAACAAAUAUGUUCUUUAUGGAGAGGAUGGAACUGGUAAAACUUCUACUAUGCUCCAUACAUUACAUUAUGCAUAUACUAAAGGACAAAUUAUUGUUCAUGUACCUUGGAUCCGCAGUUGGUUUGAUGGUCCAAAAGAGACAGCUAAUUCAAUAACAAAAACUAAUAAGAUUGAUUUACCUCUUCAUGCAGCUGCAUGGCUAAGAAAUUUUAAAACUCAAAAUCAACAUAUUUUAAAUAAAGCUGAUAUCAAAUUAUCUGCUACACAUGAAUGGAGUGCUACUGAAAAUUCUGCAAAAGAUUCAUCAUUGAUGGACAUGAUAGACUUUGGAAUAAGCAGGAUCAAAUUUGCCUCAAAUGUUAUAAUCAAGCUAAUGUCAGAAUUAAAGCAAGCUUCAACAUUAGGAAAAUGUAAAGUGUUAGUUGCUAUUGAUGGAUAUAAUGCUUUAUUUUCUCAACAAACUAAUAUAUUUAAUGACAAUAAACAAAUGGUUCCUGCCUCUCAAGUAUCUUUGACUGAAGCUUUUUUGGAUAUCACCAAGUCAGAUUGGUGCAAUGGGCAAGUCAUUGUGACAGUUGAUAAAAUGGCAACUCAAGAAAAUGCAGAGUCUCACUUUCCAAGAUACUUACUCACCAAUGAAGGAUUUGAUCAUCUAGAUCCAUUUUUACCUAUAAGUGUAGAAAAUUACACUGAAGAUGAAUUCAAUACAGUUAUAGAAUAUUAUAAAAACCGCAAGUGGAUUCGAAACCUUUCUUCAGAUGGUCAAAAAGAAUUGCAGUUGUUAUCCGGUGGCAAUCCUUACAAAUUGAUGGAAUAUUGCAAACAUUUGUAAUCUUUUGCAAUGGUAAUCAGGCUGCACGUUAAUAGAGCAUUUGUAAAUAUUUGCACUAGCUAAUAAAAUUUUACAAAAUUAUUUCUAAAAA